AUGUUUUUGUUUAUUUGCGCAUUUGAAGUGCACUCUUGUUAAAUGGUUAUUUCGCGUGGAAAUAAAUAGUUUUGAUAAAAUAUAUCAGAAAUAUGAUAAAAAGACCACAAAGAGGAGAAACUGAGGAGGAUAUUUUGCGAAUGCAGAAUGAAUUCUUAUCACAACGUGCGAAGAAUCCCAAAUUGCAGCCGGCGGCAGAGUGUGUCAAAGUCGCGAAAGAUGCCAAGAAAUCGUUGUUUUUAAGAUCUCGUGAAAAAGCAGAAGGAAGUUCGGCGCAAGCGGUUAAAAACACUACGCCUAUUUCGUCGGUGGAGCAACAAAUCAUGGGAGAAAUACACGAGAAAAUUGUUGGAAAUCUGGACGCUAAACCCUUGGAAAAUUUUACUGAAAUUGUACUCGGUGAAAUAGUAGAAAGGAAAUUUGAUACCCCAAUGCAGGAUCAUGCUUUGAAUAAUGCAAAAACAUCCGCUUUUCCCAUAGUAGACAGGGCUCCUUUAGAUAAAUCUUUACAAAGUGGCAAAAGCAUUUUUGCAUCGAGUGGGCUUUCUACAAUACAGCAGUUCAAUAAAACUAGCCAGCCGAUUGCUUCUGAAGAUUUGUCCAAAAUUUAUGGAGACAAAAGUAUUAUAGUCAGUAAUUCGGAUAUAGCUGUCGAAGUGCAUAAAGAAAAUUUAGAUAUUCUCAGCAAGAUGAAUGAGAAUGACAUACUAGCCGAGAGAGAAAGACUACUAAACUCUAUAGAUCCCUCACUUUUGGCCUUAUUAAAGAAAAGACGCCAAGACAAAUCUGAUGAAAAAUCGAAUUUUAAAAGAGAAGGUACCAAUGCUGUCAGUAAUGACUUUGUAAAAAACGAGGACCAAGAAAGCAUGGAUGUAAGUUCAUUAUUACCAACGACGAACGCUGCAAUCGAAAUACUAAAGCAAAGUGAGACAGAAAAAUGGGUGCACUUUGACGUAGUUGAGACGGAUAAACUAAAAUGGAUGCAGGAUAUAGAAGAAUGGCUGCCGAAUGUGCAGCCAGGAGACCAAUUUGAAGCACGUUUCGAUUGGAAGGGAGUAUUAUUGCCAUACUCGGUGGAUAAAAUGAAUGCUGCAAGCCCAUCAGGAAAUACGACUACUGACGCUAAAGCUUUUCAAAAUGAUGAUAGAGAAUUAUAUCUGCACGGGGAAGAACCUCAUCGACCAGGGUAUACGCUGCAAGAAUUGUUUCGCUUAGCUCGAUCAAAUGUAAUACAACAACGCAUAUCAGCAUUCAGAUCGAUUGGAGGCAUCCUUAGUAUUUAUAAUCAGGGAUUUUAUGACAACGUCUUAGAGUUGCCCAUAUCAAAAAUAUUUUUCUUAUUGCGUUUCGGAUUUGAUGACAAUACGCCGGCCAUGCUCGAGGUCGUUUCUAAGGCACUGUCGUGUCUGUUCUAUAACGAGGCUGAUGAGACAUUGCUAGAUUUCAUCUUCGACAACCCAACCUCGCAUUGGCAGCCAAUACUGGAUUCUGUGGAUACAGGAACGGCUAUUAACGAAAUUGCAGCUCUAGAAAGCUUGCAAAAACAAAUGCAGCAAUUACAGAUGAACGAUAAUGGCAAACGAUCAUUAUUUCGAAGCGACUUCGAAGAAAACGAAAGCGAAGAUAAAACUUCUAUGAGCGAUUUUCAGUUGGCAGAAACAAAUUUAAUCGAAUGUCUAAUGCGAACAAACAUUUUGCAACGAAUCUACUUUAUUUUGCAUGCCGUUAAGCCCGAAAACAGCACAGUUUCCUCAUGUCUAAAAAUUCUCAUACGAUUAGCGCGAACGAAUACAGAGAUCGCCGGAAAAAUUGUUUCUAACCAGGAUUUAAUGCAUUGUCUAUUUCAAAAUUUCUUACCUGACUUUCGACGAUUCGAAGCUAAUAUGGAUGCGCCGCAAUUUUAUGAUUGUCCUCAAUUCUUAUGCCUUAAACUUUUCAGAGUUUUGAUUGCACAAAAUCUUGGAAUUGCUGUUAGACUUAUGAAUAUGAAGCUUUCGGAAGUAUUGAAAUGCUACCUGUCUUAUCGCGGAGAUAUCAAGGAUAUAAUGGUAAAAGUGCAAAUAGAAUGUCUACGAAUUGUGCGCUGUCUACUUCUGUUGCGCCUAGACGAUUCUCUUUACAGCAAUUUGGACUCCGCCUUUCAUUAUUUGCUUCAAUGGCACUGCAAUUACUUAAAGUUCGAAGUAGGCAGCCCUUAUUUGAUUCGGCAACACGCGUCUGCUUUAUUAAUGGCAAUUAGCAGCGAACCUUGCAGUGCGAAAUCAAACCUUAUUUUAAGCGAAACACUUAAUAAAUGCUGUUGCGCCUGGUUUUAUCGUGCUACACGAAGUGAUGUUACAGAGUUUUCGCAAUCCACACUUCUAAGUGCUUGUUUGAAUGUAGUAAUAUGGGAACUGAGGCGAGACGAAGCAAGCCACUUUCAGGAAUUCUUUGCAAAAUAUUUGCGUGAUUUUCUACUUUCCGAUUCAUUUAGAAAAUGUGUGUCGCAGAUCAUAACCUCCUCAGUGAUUCUACGCCAAUCAGCCGACCGUCGAUUUGUACAUGCGCCAUUACCUAAUGUUGGCGCGGUAUUGCUACACAAAAAUGGACCACAACUGAUAAUUCCGCAAACGUUCACUAUAUAUUUAUUGUCUACAUUAUGGAGUCUCUUAGAGCUUCAAAUGAGUCAAAUCAAUUGUCACGAACAACACAAACUGCUGGUAAAUGCUUUGCUGACGCCGCAAGUAGUCGAGACACUUGUACGAUACAUUAACUUAUUAUCUACCAGUUUGAAUCAUUACCUCAGUGGUAAUUUCUUCUCCAAAAUUGAGUUGAAGUUCGUUUAUAAACUGUUGGGUAGCAGCGAAUUGCUGUCGCAUUUCAGCUCCGCCCAAAUACUGCAGUUAGUAUAUAGUUAUAUAUGCUGUCUUGGCGCAGAGCACAUAUCAGAAAUUGAGCAGCUUUUCGAUACAAUAAUAUUCAAUACGAAAUACAUAAAUGUACCAGAAUCAGCUUUAAGCAAAUGGAAAGAAAUUUUCAUCAGUUUAGUGCAGUCCCACUACAUCGUUGUGGAGCCUUCAAACUUAAGCUUGUCUAAAACAUCACAAACCAGUGCGAUUUUAUGCCGCGAUUGGCCCUAUUUCUUCUUUAAAAUAAUUUUGCAAAACUACAUUGACAAUUCGCCCCAAAACAUAACAGUUGAUUUCUCAGAACGCGAAAUCUUGGAAAUGACUCUCACACUUGUUACUGAGUUGGAGGACUCGAGUUCUAAUUUGCAAAUUGUAACACCAACCGAGGAGUUGAUGUACGCUAUGAUUGCGUUUAUGGGUCCUGAAUGCGAAUUUCUGACAGACGAGAUACGUCCUUUGCUGCGAAAGCAUUUGCUCCGAUUGUACAAAAAACACAAAGAUUAUUCAUUUGAUUUUGACAAAGCUUCUAUAGGAAAAUGCAAAUUCGAAAGUUUGUAUUCUUUGUUCGUUGAUCACUUCCAAGCAACAAGCUAUGGCGAUGAAUUGUUCGGGUCUUUGGUUUUAGUGCCGUUGGCUCAAAAAUACGACAGCAAAUGGCGAAGGCGCAUGUGGUCGGACUACGCCCCGGCUUUAUGUUAUUUAAAUUGUGAUGAAUCUCUGCUCAUCAAUGGCAUUCGAUCCUAUUUGGAGCCUGUUGAGAAAGAAGAUUCUCUAAUAAAAGCAUAUGCGCUCGCUUUAGGCUCAAACGAUGUACGUCCCGGAUCUAUUCCUUAUAUAAUUGCAAAACAUCAUGUACAUCAUUUCAGAACGUUACAUUCACAGAUUCUCGUAGUUGAACACCUUCAAAACGUUCAUGCGACUACGCCAAAGAGCAAAAGUAUACUUUUAACAAAAAUAUGUCUGAUACCUCAUCUUUCGAAAUGAGCUCUGUCGAUCGCCCAGUAAAUCGCUUUCAAGUGAAUCCUGUUAACCACAAAGCGAAUGAGAUGAUACAACUUAAUGUGCCACAAGAGGUCUAUCGGCGUUUGGUAAAUAGCGAUGGAGAAGCAUUGGAAGACGACACUUUCAAUGAAAACGCUACCGAUAUCUUAAACAAACAAAAUUUGCAGCGAACACAUAGGCAUUCUAUAAAGAGCAGCUUUCGCGAUAAAGACAAACCCUCAAGGUUCAAAGAUUCCCAAUCGCAAACAACACGAUUUCAAGUAGCUCCCCCGAAUGAGGAAGACUCGGACGACUCCAGUGG